UCUCCUCUCCGAUCUCUGCUGCGAGCGCUCUCUCUCUCUCUCUAGGAAUUCUCCCCUCCCCCGACCUCAAUUCCGACCCCGUCUCUCCCCGUCGCCGGACCUCCGAAUUCCGGCGGGUCUCGUGCUUAUAGUUCCGUCGUCGCGGCCAUGGACGGAGGCGCGCAGUACAACCCUCGCACCGUCGAGGAGGUGUUCAGGGAUUUCAAGGGCCGGAGGGCCGGCAUGAUCAAGGCCCUCACCGCCGAAGUCGAGGAGUUUUACCAGCAGUGCGAUCCCGAAAAGGAGAACCUUUGCCUUUAUGGGUUUCCAAGUGAGCAGUGGGAAGUCAACUUACCCGCGGAAGAGGUGCCACCGGAGCUUCCAGAACCUGCCCUCGGCAUUAAUUUUGCUAGAGAUGGGAUGCAAGAGAAGGACUGGUUGUCUUUGGUCGCAGUUCACAGUGAUGCAUGGCUACUUUCUGUAGCAUUUUAUUUUGGUGCAAGAUUUGGAUUUGAUAAAGCUGACAGGAAACGCCUUUUCAAUAUGAUUAAUGAUCUUCCCACAAUAUUUGAGGUUGUGACAGGCACGGCUAAGAAGCAAGUCAAGGAAAAGUCAUCAAUUACAAAUAACAGCAGCAGCAAAUCUAAAUCAAAUCCCAAGAAAGGAUCAGAAUCUCAGACAAAGUUUACAAAGGCAGUGCAACCGAAGGAAGAGGAGGAGGAAGGUUUGGAGGAGGAAGAUGAGGAGGAGCACGGGGAGACUCUUUGUGGAGCAUGUGGAGAGAAUUAUGCCUCGGAUGAGUUCUGGAUUUGCUGCGAUAUCUGUGAGAAGUGGUUUCAUGGUAAGUGCGUCAAAAUCACUCCUGCUAGGGCUGAGCACAUUAAGCAGUACAAAUGCCCAUCUUGCAGCAACAAGAGAGCCCGGCCUUGAUAGUUGCUUGGGAGGUAGCUGUUCAAAUGGUUCCUUUUCCUUGACUGCUAAUUGUGUAGUUGGUCGCUCUUAUUAGUUCGGUGUUCCUUGGUUAGAGAAAGUUGUGUAGGUUGCAGAUCAGUUGUUCAUUAACUAAAGAUUCAUAUUUUUAUGGUUGAGUUAAGGCGGAAUUCAGACUUUUCUGUUAGGUACACCUUUAUUUAUGUCAGUUCUUGUAAUUUUAAUUCUCGGAA